AUGUCAGAAUUGUUCGAUAGCUCUUACGGAAAAGCCAACGUCAAGUUUCUCAAGGUCAAAAAGGACCCAUCAGAUCCCCAACAUCAGGAUGUUCUUCAAGCUAACGUGCAAGUCUUGUUAAGAGGUAAAUUUGACAAAUCGUAUACAGACGCUGACAAUUCGUCAAUUGUUCCCACGGAUACGGUCAAAAACACAAUUUUAGUCGAAGCCAAGACUCAUAAUGUAUGGCCAAUUGAAUCAUUUGCCGCUCAUUUAGCUAACCACUUUACAUCCAAAUAUGCUCAAGUUGAAGGUGUUGAAAUUUCCAUUGUUCAACAACUAUUUACUAGGAUCAAAUUGAAUGGGAAAGAACACCCACAUUCAUUCAAAUACGAUGGACCGGAAACACGUGAAACAUCUUUGAGUUACGACAAAGCAACCAAAAAAUUAACAUUAUCGUCCUCGAUCAAAGGCUUGACUGUUUUGAAAUCAACAGGAUCGAUGUUUUAUGGCUAUAAUGUAUGCGACUACACCACUUUGAAACCAACAAAGGACCGUAUAUUAUCGACAGAUGUUUCCUCAACGUGGACAUUUGAUUCGAAAAAAAUCGGUUCGUUGAACGAUAUUAUUCAAAGAGGACAAAUCUUUGACAAUGCAUACAAAAAGGCUAGAGAUGUAACUUUGGAAUUAUUUUGUACUGAAAACUCACCAUCGGUUCAAGCUACAAUGUACAAUAUGGCAGAAAAGAUUUUGAAAAACGUUGAUGAGAUAGCUACUGUGACUUAUGUUUUGCCUAAUAAGCACUACAUUUUGUUUGAUUUGGGAUGGAAGGGAAUCAAGGAAAACAAUGAAUUAUUUUAUCCAUCAUCUGAUCCAAAUGGGUUGAUCAAAUGUACUGUUGGUAGAAAAGGUCAAAAGGCCAAAUUGUAA